AUGUCAACGAUCAAAGAUGGGGACAAAUCGUUCAAUGACGCAAUAAAAUUAGAACUAGACGGCGACUACGAUAGCGCAUUCAAUGCUUAUCUCUCGACAGCCCAUCUCUACUUGUCCAUACGGAAGCAGGCGACGCUGCAGUCAGAUAUCUCUACAAUUAACAAAAGGUAUCACCAAGUACUCGAUCGUGCACAACGGACAAAGAAACUCAGACGGCCCGGUGCACGUAUACAGAGACCAGAAGACGAGGCGAGCAUAUUGGAAGCAUCAUCGACGAUCAACAACCGUAAUUACCCUCUCUGGGCAGCCCAGCGUGAUCAGCAAUCUGCCAGAAUAUACCCGCCUUCUCUCUCACGUGCACAACUAGACAAAGGCGCUAGGUAUUGUCUACCUCCUCCAAACAGUGUCAUAUGUGAUCCUUAUGCCUCCUCACGGGAUAUCACUCAAGAUGUCAUCAGUGACUGCUCAGUAGUCGCGUCUCUAUCAGCUUGUAGCAUUCAUAACCAGCGUUUCGGCACUUCACUAGGAUCGAAUGCGAUAUACCCUCAAGAUGACUACCGGAAAUCCUCUAAAGGAGUAUACAACCUCCGCUUCUAUCUCAACGGUGCCUGGAGGUGCGUGACUAUCACCGACGACUUGCCUACUACUCCAGAAGGACAUAUCAUGACAGCAGCAUCAACCUCUGCUAGUUAUACUCUCGAGAUAUGGCCGGCACUUAUAGAGAAGGCGAUAAUGACACUCUGGGGCACCUACGAAUUUAGUGGUAGCAAUUCAUCCACGGAUUUGCAGAUGAUUACAGGCUGGAUACCUGAGCAUAUACACUUUCAUAGCAGGUAUUUCAAACAGGAGCAAAUCUGGCAGCGAAUCUUGGAUGGCUACAGCAGCGGUAUAUGCUUGAUAACACUCGGGAGUAAGCAGAAUCGCGAACUGAUGUCUCAAGAUCUACUCCGCCAAGGUUUUGUGGAGAACCACGCCUAUGCUAUCCAAGAAGUCCGCGAAGAGGACACCAGGAGGAGAAUGCGCGUUAUAGAUUCUUGGAAUAAAACCUCACGCAAAACAUGGCUAGAUUGGGAAUACAUCACUAACAAUUUUGAUUCUAUCUAUCUAUCUUGGGAUCCUGAUAUCUUUCCUCAAUCUGUCAGCAAGACAUUCGCGUAUCGGAACACAGAAGGAAAUCCACUAGAGCAUUGUCCACAAUAUACGAUCUCCGUCGAUACGCACUCACAGACUGAGUUGUGGCUGCUGCUUUCGAGACAUAUAAAAGAUAAUAGUGGUUAUUAUUCAGCAUUGCAUGCAUCUCGACAUGUAGCAGAGACAAUCGUCGAGGAUGCAAGUCAUAGUGAUAGUAUCAACAGUCUCGUAAGAGUGCUUGUAAAUCCUGGCAAGGAUGUCCAUGCUGUUAUAUCGCAAGUUGUCAAAGAUACGACAGUUCAGGAUUGUUAUUACACGCUUACAGCCUACUCUUCUUUCCCAAUGGAGAUGAAAUCUGCGUAUGAAUUAUAUUCAUUCUCUCAAAUGCUUUCUGGAGCAUGGUCGCUCAGAUCUUCUGGGGGUAAUUGUUUGUCGCAGUCUUACGGUAUUAACCCACAUUAUACCUUACGUAUUAGCAAUACCGCACAAUUGCGCCUGGUUUUGGAAUCUGAGCAUGAUAUACCGAUCAACAUUAAACUCCUGUGGGGAAACAAAGAACGCGUUUUUGGGCUAAAGAAACAGGACGUAGUUGCUGAUUCUGGACUAUAUACACAUAAGCUGGCUGUAUUGAAUUGUGAGGAGCUAGAAGGGAAAGAAUACACGAUUGUCAUAUCGCCAUUCGAAGCUGGUCAAAUGUCGACAUACACGCUUUAUGCUGAUUGCACGGCACCGCUUACACUCAAGGGAAUACCACAAGAAGGAUCGGGGAUGUUUGCAGCUAGAGAUGUCGCUGGUGUAGCUGAUGAAAAUGCUGAAUAUCAUUUUGAACUCACAAAAGAGACUCAAGUGAGACUCCGAUUGGAGAAGGAUUCUAGAAGUGUAGCUGUGGAGUUGACAAUAAAAGAAAUAGACAGCAACACGGUUAUCUACCAAACUGAUGAUUUAAUAAUCGACAGAAAACUCCAGGCUGGACGCUACGCCGUCACGGUAAGAGGCACGACUAGAGGGAUGAUAAAAACGAGGUAUAAGCUGUUAUUUUGGACGGAAUUACCGAAUAUAGAGCUAAGAUAG